AUGGCAACCACGCGCGUUGCUGAUAAAUCGUUGGAGCUUCUCCGAAGCCGUCUUUUGGAGGCGGUUAGGAAAGAAGCAACGGCACUCGUUUCGGAAAACUUCGGGAGCCCCGAGGAUAUCGAUAGGCAUUUCAGAUCCUUGUUCCAGGCAGAGGUGGGCCCUCGUGAGCUAGCCGGCCCAGAUCAGGCAAACGACGAGAAGAGCAUCUAUGGUGGUCCAAGCAUCGGUAUCGAUCCGGAAAGAGCCGACCAGCUCGCCAAACCCAUUCGUGACAACCUUGUCGGGGUUUGGAAGAUUUUGGAGUUCAGCCUGAUCGAUAAAUCGGAUCGCAACCAAAAGAUUCAUCCAUGGGGAACCGCUUUGGACGGGCAAGUCAUUUUUACCCCGGAUGGGUAUUUUAAUGGCGUCGUUGAGAUUCCGGGACAGGCUCCAUUUGGAGGGGAUGAGCCCUGGACUGCAGGGACAACCGAACUCGCCGAAUCAGCAAGGAGAACUUGUUCCUACAGUGGAAAAUUCUUUGUUGAGAGAGGGACCAACGGAGCAAGCAUGCUUUAUGACCUUUCUCUUUGCAACUAUCCCGUCUUUAGAGGAGAAAAGUUUCGAGUAUUCAUCGACUUUGUGAAGAAGGACAACCAACUGUUCUUGAUCACAACGUUGACAUGCAACGAUUCAGCAAGGCAGAAGCAGGAAGUGCUUGUCAAGAUUUAA